AUGCCCAAACAAGUAGCUGGCAUAUUAUUGUAUACAGCAAACAAUUGGACAACCUACUUAAAGCCGGUGCUUGCGGUAACUCAGGGAUUAGCAAGUAUUUGGUGCGUGACGGGCGCACUACAGGGUGUCCCCAAAUGUACGCCAACGGCAUUGGACAGUAUGUUAAACCUAUUUCGAUCCAUUACUGGCAAUGUUGUGGACGUGUUUUGCGGCGAUUAUACCGAGGGCUCAGACAAAUGCGAUAGUCUUGAUAUGAGUCUCACGGACUCGAAGUGA